UGCAAAACUGAGAGGCAAAGCCUCCAGGUUGUGCCAAACUUCAGCUCUGUAGGGAGUACUGUGGGUAAGUUUGCCAUUGUAUAGAGUACAUUACAAUCUCUCGAGGACUCAAAGAUGUCAGAAUCAGCAGAGGCAGUGGCAGCCAACCUGAGCAGCCGCAGAAAUGUCACAAUAGAGAUCACCAACCUCACCAAUAACUACUGCCUGCUUAACCCCAAGGUCUUCCUGGAGAGCGGGGAUACCUACAACCCGCCCCAGCCCACGGUGCGCCCCCUGAAGACGGAGGUGUGCACCUUCAGCAAGAGCAGUGCCAAGGCCACGGGCAGUGUGGGUGUCCUGACCUACGACCUCUUUGAGCGGACCAGGAAUGACUACAUUGAGACGCUGGCCCUGAUGUUCUCUGUACCAUAUGACUACAACAUGUACAAAAACUGGUUCGCCGUGGGCAUCUAUAGCAAGGGCCGGAACUGUGAUGAGUCACUGUACAAGGAGAUGUACUACCAGAAGGAGCAGAAGGACUUUGUCAGGGAGGAGGCCACAGGGUCAGGCAUUAACUAUGUGGGAAAUUACUUGGACAUCAAAGCCACCAUGUCUCCCAUGGGCAGGGCCAUCAUGAAGGUGGAGGUGUGGGACAAGCUCUUCACUCCCAUGGGCCAGCAACCAAUGCCAUACUGAUAUACCCCACUACACCUCUCCUGUGCCUCAAAACACCCCGCAUCACAGGUCGUGUUCUUCUCAUCACAAUCCGCUCAUAUAUGUACGGCCAUUUGAGGAGAUUUAUAUGUUGUCAUUAGGCUGCAUGGCCAUUUUCUGCCUGAAUUAAGAAUGUGAGAAAUAAAAAUCUUCAG